AGUUGAGAGGUGGCUGCUUGCUGCGUCUAGCCGAGUGUUCAGUGUAAGCAGAAGCAAUAAAAUAUUAAAAUGAAAGAAGACAAGGAGAACACCCGCCCGAAGGAGAAGAAGGUGGAGAUAAAAUGCGAAGAAAACGAACCAGAGAAGCCGAGUAAGGAGAAGAAGGAAGCGAUGACAAAGAUAGUGGUCCGUCGUCUUCCACCCAGCCUAACUAAGGAAGAACUUGAGGAGCAAUUGCAGCCCCUUCCCGAGGUGGACUACCUGGAAUUUUUCUCUAAUGACACCAGCCUCUACCCCCACCUAUUCUCCAGAGCAUACAUCAAUUUCAAGAAUCAAGAGGAUAUUGUCCUUUUCAGGGACCGGUUUGAUGGAUAUGUUUUCAUAGACAAUCGAGGACAGGAAUACCCAGCCAUUGUUGAGUUUGCACCUUUCCAAAAGAUUGCCAAAAAGAGGAGCAAGAAAAAGGAUGCCAAAGCAGGAACUAUUGAAGAAGAUCCUGACUACAAGAAAUUUUUGGAGUAUUACAAUGGAGAUGACGAAAAGUUAACAUCUACUCCUGAAACUCUGCUGGAAGAAAUAGAGGCCAAAACAAAGGAAUUAGUAGCUAAGAAAACAACUCCUCUCUUGGACUUCCUGAAAAACAAGCAGCGAAUCAGGGAGGAGAAGAAGGAGGAGAGGAGGCGGAGGGAGCUGGAGCGCAAGCGUCUGCGGGACGAGGAGCGCCGCAAGUGGCGGGAGGAGGACAGGCGGAAACGCAAGGAGGCGGAGAAGCUCAAGAAAGCGGAGAAGACCCAGGACAAGGACAGGGAGAAGUCAAAGGAGGAGCCUAAGAUCAAGCUCUUGAAGAAGCCAGAGAAAGGGGAGGAUGCUGAUCCAGAGAAGCCCAAAGAGAAGGUGAAGAAAGCCGAGAAGGAUAAGCCGAAGGACGACAGGGCUUUGGGGGCUGCUGACUCAAAGAAGCGUCAAAACAAUGAAAGCCGUGAGGAGAGGGCAAGGAGCAAAAUGGAGGAGGACGGACGCAAGGAGUACAGGGAUCGGGACCCGGAGCGCGAGAGGGAGCGGCGCCAGAGGGAGAAGGAGCGCAUGAGGAGACAGGACGAAGAGCGGCGGAGGAAGAGGGACCGCCAGGAUGGCGAGAAUUACAGGAAACGAGAGGAGGAAGAAAAGAAGGAGAAGGAGCGCGUCUGGGAGAGGAGGAAGACGGAGAACGCCACAGAACCCUCUGGUCCCGCUGAUAAGCCAGAGAAGCAAGCCAAAGACGAAAAGAAGGAGGAAAGUGCCAAGAGAGACCGAGUUAGAAACAAGGACCGGCCUGCCAUACAGCUGUACCAGCCGGGUGCCAGAAGCCGCAAUCGGGCAGGCGGAGCAGACCAGGCUGGCGAGAGGAAGUCGGCGGGCGAGAGCAAGAGUCCCCGAGAGAAAGCGGAGGACUGAUCGAACGCAGGAGACAGUGUAGAGAUGAGAUGAGUGAGGCGAGGGACAGGGAUUGAGGCUAACUUUCACCAUUGAGUGGGUUGCGGGGCUACCAGAGUCGAACUGCGCCCCUCCCUCCGUCUCUCCCUCCACGGGAGCAGCGUGCCUGUUACGCCCUCUAGUGCCUGAACAAACCAGUCUUAAGUCUUUGCUUGUGAGAAAAGUGAGGGACAAGCGAUCGCUAUCCAAACGUUGACAAGAGCUCAGCAAAGAGGCGUGGUGUGAGAGGCCAAAGCUUGCUGGACCAAGUGAACCAAAAGUGACCUUACAAAAAGGCACAGAGCCAAACUUUGCUGUACUAUGCAGUUGAAUAGCUGUGGUUCAUACACUGUGUUUUGAAGGCUUACACCUUGGUUAGUUGUUCAUACAUACACACUGCACAAAAGGAGAACGCUUCUCUGCCUUUGAGUGUGCAGCAUUCCUUCUGUAUCCUGUUCCUUCUUAUCUGAACAAAUGUCUCUUUUCCACUCUUUUCAAAACCGUGCAUAUACAUUUAA